GCGCUGGCAUGGAGGCUGCGAACGGUGCGAUAGACCACGAUUUUCACAAUACUCUAGUGCCAAUAAACGGCAGCCACUCUGGAAGCUCCGGCAGAAGCACACCCAACAGCGGUGACCCGGCUCCUGGUAAAUUAUUUGUUGGAGGACUGUCAUGGCAGACUAGCAGUGAGAAACUCAGAGAGUACUUUGGGAUGUUUGGAACCGUAACAGAUGUUUUGAUAAUGAAGGAUCCAGUUACUCAGCGGAGUCGUGGAUUCGGCUUCAUAACAUUCGCAGAACCUGGAAGCGUGGACAAAGUACUUAAGUGCCCAAUCCACACUCUGGACGGUAAGAAAAUAGAUCCAAAGCACGCGACUCCUAAAAACCGAGCUAAGCAAGCUAACCGAACAAAGAAAAUCUUCGUCGGGGGCGUAAGCCAGGACACGAGUAGCGACGAAGUUAAGGCUUACUUCAACCAAUUCGGCAAGGUUGAAGAAACCGUGAUGCUGAUGGACCAGCAAACAAAGCGACAUCGCGGAUUCGGCUUUGUAACUUUCGAAAACGAGGACGUAGUCGACCGAGUUUGCGAGAUCCACUUCCACACAAUAAAGAACAAGAAAGUCGAGUGCAAAAAAGCCCAGCCAAAAGAAGCGGUUCAACAAAGCGCCCUCGCGCUGGGCAAAAGAGUAGUUUUGGGCGCGCUGGGUGUCAGGUUAGCGCCUCAGCCGCCCCUACAGGUGGCGACAGCGUCUCAGAUCGUCGCCGCACAAGCCCAAGCUCAAGUUCAAGCUGCCGCCGCGGCUGCGGCGGCAGCACAAGUACAAAACGCCGUCGCCGGUUACGGAAAGCUCUUUGCCAGCAGCUACCCGGCGUUGUCCGCUUACCGCUACGCUCCCUACCCAAUUCCUGCGGCUGCUGUCGCAGCGCCCCCUCAGGCUCCAGCGCCACCUACUGCCGCUAACACAGCGCCCCAGCAAGCCGCCGCAGCUCCCGGGAACCCCUACCAAGGCUACUCUCUCACUAACGUUGACAUGUCCAGCUUCCAGGGCGUCGAUUGGGGCUCCAUGUACGGAAUGGGUAUGUACGUCUAA